AUGACAGCCUCCGCCUCUUCCGCAACCCAAGCCGAGCAAGCCCACCAACGACCCCCGGACCCCCAGCGCACCGCCGAAGCCCGCGCCGCCUUCACGGCCCACCUGACCUCCAUCGGCAACACCCACGUCUCCGCCCUCGAAGGCCGCGUUUCCGACAUCCACCGCAACUCCGCCGCCGUCGCCAAGCAGGACGAUGACGUCUCCCGGCAGACGAGGAAGCUCGCCGCCGUGUCCGGGAAGCACCGAAAGGUCGCCGAUGAUGCGGCGGAGAAGCUGAAGGAGCUGGGCGACAUUCAGAAUUGGGCGGAGGUGUUGGAGCGCGAUCUCCUGGUGUUGGAGGAGACGAUGCAGAUGGGUGAGGCGGGGGAGGACGGGUGGGAGACUGAGGAAGAGGGGGGUGUGGGUGGGGGCGGUCUGGGAAGGGAGACAGUGGUGCAAGGGCGCGGGCAAUGA